AUGUCUAUCAGACUUACUGUCGCCUCCGCCUUGGAAGACUUCCCGUUUGACCCUGCCGUCGGCUUUCUUGGCCAAAAUGCCGGCGAACAGCCUUGCUACCACUGUAUCAUGACUCUCCAGCGCGAUGUUUGCAUUUGCUGCGUUGUCGAAGAAGGCUUGGCGACCCGCUGCAUUAUGUGUGGCGACGGAAACCAAAAGUGCUGUGCUAUUCCCCAGGAGCUUCUGGGUGCUGCCCAGAAGCUUUGGAACUCCUACACUGCCCAUGUUCUUCUCGAUGACUGGUCGGGAUUGCAGCGCUGGCGCAUCGUCAACUGCUUCGAAGAGUGUACUUCUGCAUUCAAGAAGACCUAUGAGGUCAUUCUCAACCCCUACCGCAACACGGCAAUGGACGUCAUCGGAGCCCAGCAGCUUGAAUCGCUGAGCAAGAACAUGCUAGUGAUGAUGCGUCAACUUGCUGGCGAAGAUCUCACCAUCGCCGAGGUCAAUGCCCGCGGGGUCGCCAAUGCCCCUCCCUAUACCGCCAACUGUCCCGAGGCCCACACUCUCCGUGAGUGCCUCCAGCGCAUCGAUACGUGCCCUGAUACCGCUGUUCCCGGUGAGAAGAGCAACCGCCGAACAUUCGGCAAGAAGCUCAAGCCUGAACUUGUGGCUCUCCUUAGCGAUGCCUCCGCCAACGAUGCUCCCGCACCCCGUAUCUCCGAACGCAUGCUUUAG